AUGGUGGAACAAGUUCUGGGCCUUGAUAAAAAGACUGAAGUUGUUAAACCAACCGGGAAGCGUACAGGAACUACGAGUUCAAACCCUCAGCCGAAAAGACCAAAGGAGUCUCAAGGUGGUUGGAGAUCCAGUUUCAGAUCAGACAGAGGCGGUAGAAGUAGAGGAAGACAGACGACAGUAUCUACUGGCAGUGUGAGAGGUCAUUCUCGAGAAAUAGAAAUUCCAGACUGUCAGCACUGUGGAAAGAAACACAGAGGGGAAUGCUGGAAAUUAACUAGAGGUUGUUUCCGAUGUGGUUCUACAGACCAUUUCAUUAGAGACUGUCCGAAAGCUGAUAGUACUGCACCCGUGACAUCACAGAGAUCAGUAUCUACUGCUAGAGGCAGAGGGACAGGUAGAGGUAGCUUGGUUUCAAGGGGAGGAGGUAGUAGAAGGAGCAAUUAUAUUGGUACCCAGCAGUCUGAAGCUAAAGUACCCGCCAGAGCUUAUGUGGUCAGAACACGGGAAGAAGGCGACGCCCACGAUGUAGUAACAGGUAUAUUUUUACUAUAUUCUGUGCCUGUUUAUGCUUUAAUUGAUCCCGGAUCUUCACACUCUUAUAUAAAUUCAAAAUUAGUUGAAUUGGGAAAAUUUAAUUCUGAAGUAUCUAGAGUGACUGUAGAAGUGUCGAGUCCGUUGGGGCAAACAGUAUUAGUGAAUCAGGUUAGUAGAAAACCAGUGUUCGGUCCAGCAUCCAGAGUAAUCCCGACCUCAGAGAAAUUUAGCGAUGUAUUUUUCUUUUGA